UCACUAUCAUUAACCUUUUUCGUGCCAGUCGCUAAACUCGCGAAGAUACCUACUUUAUUUGUUUAUUACUUGAAAUUACUAUAAAUCACGGCUUCUGUUACAUCAGCCGUUUUAUUGAUUACAACUAUUCGGUGCCUGUGUAUUGAUUUCUCAAGUGCUCUAUGUGAUAAGUAGUAAAAAUUGCCGGUACGAUUCCGUAUUUGAUAUUGUAGACUUGUACGUGCCAUUUUUCUUAGCUUAUAGUGUGAUGGGAGAGAGAGACUGGAGACCCUUCAUCUACGGAGGCUUGGCAUCUAUUGUGGCGGAGUUUGGGACAUUUCCAAUCGACACCACCAAGACUCGGCUACAGAUCCAGGGCCAAAAGGUGGACCCGCGCCAUGUGGAGCUGCGCUACUCUGGCAUGGUGGACUGCUUCGUCAAGACCUCGCAGCAGGAGGGCAUCAAGGCUCUGUACUGCGGCAUAUGGCCAGCGGUCCUCCGUCAAGCCACAUACGGCACUAUAAAGUUCGGCACCUACUAUUCACUCAAGAAGGCGCUGGCGUCGCGGCGCGCAGACGGCGGCGCGCGCGAGCACGUGGCCUCCAACACCGCCUGCGCCGCGCUGGCCGGGGGGCUGUCGUCCGCUAUAGCUAAUCCUACUGAUGUGCUCAAAGUCAGGAUGCAGGUAGGCGACGAAAAGCGCAACAUAGUCCGCUGCUUCAUAUCAAUCUACGAGGCGGAGGGCGUGCGCGGGUUGUGGCGCGGCGUGGGGCCGACCUCGCAGCGCGCCGCCGUCAUCGCGGCCGUGGAGCUGCCGGUCUACGACGCCUGCAAGAAGCGUUUAGCUGUGACCAUGGGGGACACGCCCGUGAAUCAUUUCGUGUCGAGUCUGGUGGCGAGUUUGGGCAGUGCGGUGGCGAGCACGCCGCUUGAUGUUAUUAGGACAAGACUAAUGAAUCAAAGAAAGUUAAAAGGACACAUAGCGCGGCCCGGCGAGAUCAUCUACAAAGGGACCACGGACUGCUUCUUACAGACGGUCCGCAACGAGGGUUUCCCCGCCCUAUACAAGGGCUUCGUCCCCACGUGGCUGCGCAUGGGCCCGUGGAACAUCAUCUUCUUCGUCACCUACGAGCAGCUCAAGCAGCUCUACUGAGCGCCCUCUGGUGGCCAUGAAGGGAACUAUAAGAUGGAGAGCUGUGAUAAGAUCUCGCGGACUGCUCGGUGGAACAGUCUACACAAUCUGGUCAGCACAUAGUGUUCGCAGUGUACCUAACACUAUUGAUUAGUUUACUGUGGAGAUGAAGGGUAGGUAUUUUUCAUUGACAUAACUUUUUUUUUGGUAAAUAGGUGAAGCGAUGAUUCAUAACUUUUAUUGAUCAUCAUUGAUUUAGACAGACACGUUUCUUUUGACUCAAUAAUUAUAUGUAACGAUUUUUAACAUGGAUUGUUGUGCAAAUUAAAUAAUUUGUUGACCCUAACUUUAAUAUAUUCUAUCAUCAUUAUUUAUAUAAGUAUAUGCAGGUUGCAUGUGCAGUGGUCGAAAUAAUUAUGGCCAUCAUGCUUUGAACAUAAUUGUACUAACUUAAGGUCCAAAAUAAUUAAAUGUUUUUUUAUACCUAUAAGUGAUUGCGGUCAAACAGUACAACAUAGCUAGACGAUUUUUGCCAACUUUAACGAUCAUAAUUUUGUUCAAACGUAGUAAACAUUGUGUCAAAUAGUAGUCUAAAAUGAGACAUAUCACUUUGAGAUUAAGGUACAGAGUGCCACAGUUAGACGAGCUUUCUGUACAUAC